AAACUUUUUUGUUUAUCUCUAUGGAUUUUAGAAUUUCAUUUGAGUUGGAAAAAAAGUACCCCAAAAAAAAGGGAAAAAACACAAUAAAGUAUAAAAAUCCUGUUUAUCACAAUCAGUCACAGAGAUGAUAUUAUUUUGAAGGAGAGAACAAACCCCCACCCUAAACCCUCACAUUCUCCUCCUAUAUUCACUCUAUUCAAUCUUUUAUACAUAUUGGUUCAUCUCUAUGUCUAUAUAUGCAUAAAAUUUGAGCAUGGCACUUGUUCCUAGCCACCAACUCUACCCAAGAACCACAAGGCUAUCAUUCCUCAGGUACACUUCAUCCACUCCCUUCAAGAAACCAAAUUUAUCAUUCCUCAGGUACAGUUCAAUUAGUCCCUUCAAGAAACCAAAUUUACAUAAUCAAGAUUGUAUUUUUAAGAAAACCCCACCAAAAAGAUCAAAUUUUGUGGUGAAAAACAAUACCAAAAGAUGGAAUUUGGCUACAAUAUCACCCAAUUCAAAUUCCAAAGCAAGUGCAAGUGCAAGUAGUGUAUUUGGUAGUUCUUGGUUAGGUAAAUGGAAUGAAACCCAUAAUGAAUUUAAGCUUGAAAAGCCUCAAGUUGUGUUGAGUUAUAGGAAUAAUGGUGAUACAUCUAGUUCUGAUAGUGAAGAUAAUAUUAGUGGUAGUACAAUGGAUAGAAUUAUUGAGAAAUUAAAGAAAUUUGGGUAUGCUGAUGAGGCAACAGAUAAGGAUGAGAUAGUAAAGAGAGAUGUUGAGAAAGGGUCUAUUGAGGAUAUAUUUUUUGUUGAAGAAGGAAUAUUGCCAAAUGUAAGAGGUGGUUUUUCUCAAGAAUCACCAUUUGGGGAUGAAAAUGUAAUUUACAAAGAUGGUGUAGUUAAAUUUCCAUGGGAAAAGAAAGAAGAGAAGGAGAGUUAUUCAAUGAGUAGUAAGAGUAGAACUCAUUUGGCUGAGCUGACACUACCGGCUUCCGAGCUUAGAAGGUUGACGAAUUUGGCGCUUAGGAUAAAGAACAAGAUGAGAAUUACGGGUGCUGGUGUUACGCAACAAGUUGUGGAAACCAUUCGUGAGAAGUGGAACACGUCCGAGGUUGUCAGGCUGAAAGUUGAAGGUGCUCCUGCAUUAAAUAUGAAGAGAAUGCAUGAGAUUUUAGAGAGGAAAACUGGUGGACUGGUGAUUUGGAGAUCUGGCACUUCUGUGGCCCUUUACAGAGGCAUCAGCUAUGAGACUCCAUCUGAUCGAAUGAAGAAGAGGAUAAUGAGAAGAGAUGAGAUUCGUCAUAAGAACACUUCAAUAGUUGAUGACGAAAGUAAUCGAAAUCCUUCAGAAAGCAGUCCUUGCAAUGAUGUGGAUUCACUUCGAGCAGACUCUGCAAAUACUUCUGAAGAGAACAAAAGUAUCGUUAGACAACCAGAAGUAGAAUAUGAGGACGAAGUAGAAAAACUGUUAGAUGGCUUGGGGCCUAGGUAUACAGAUUGGCCAGGACCUGGUCCACUUCCCGUAGAUGCGGAUUUACUUCCCGGUAUAGUCCCUGGAUAUCAACCUCCUUUCAGAAUUCUUCCAUAUGGGGUGAGAUCUACUCUUGGGUCUAGAGAAGCAACUGCUUUAAGAAGGCUUGCCAGAGUUCUACCUCCACAUUUUGCUUUAGGUAGAAGCAGGCAGCAUCAAGGUUUGGCAUCAGCCAUGAUUAAGCUGUGGCAAAGAAGUUUAAUUGCAAAGAUUGCUAUAAAACGCGGCGUUCAGCUUACUACAAGUGAGAGAAUGGCUGAAGAUAUUAAGAAAUUAACAGGGGGUAUGCUACUCUCUAGAAACAAGGACUUCUUGGUAUUUUACAGAGGGAAAGAUUUUUUGUCACCAGAGGUUUCAGAAGCCUUGUUGGAGAAAGAGAGAUUGGCAAAGUCCUUGCAAGAUGAAGAAGAAAAAUCUAGGCUACGAGCAUCAGAUGCACUCACAGCAGGUGUUGCAACAAUUAAUUCUUCAAGGACAGCUGGCACACUAGGAGAAACAUUGGAUGCUGAUGCUAGAUGGGGGAAAAGGCUGGAUGAUAAGGACAAAGAAAAUGUGAUGCGAGAAGCAGAAAUAUUAAGGCAUGGUAACCUGGUCAGGAAGCUCGAAAAGAAGCUUGCAUUUGCUGAAAGAAAGUUAAUGAAAGCUGAGCGUGUCUUGUCAAAGGUGGAGGAAACUUUAAAUCCUUUGGAUAGGCGUGCAGAGCCUGACAGCUUAACAGAUGAGGAGAGAUUUAUGUUUCGGAAGCUUGGGCUAAGGAUGAAAGCUUUCUUGCUAUUGGGUAGACGUGGAAUAUUUGAUGGUACAGUGGAGAAUAUGCACUUGCAUUGGAAGUACCGUGAACUGGUCAAAAUCAUGGUGAAGGCCAAGAAUUUUGAGCAAGUAUCAAAGAUUGCAUUAGCCCUUGAAGCAGAGAGUGGAGGCGUCUUGGUUUCAGUGGACAAAGUGUCCAAAGGAUAUGCUAUAAUUGUGUUCCGUGGUAAAGACUACAGUCGGCCACCUACUCUGAGGCCCAAAAAUCUUUUAACCAAAAGAAAGGCACUGGCACGUUCAAUAGAGCUUCAGAGACGUGAGGCUCUUCUGAAACAUAUUUCAGCAGUUCAAACUAGAGUUCAGCAGCUUACAGCUGAAAUUGAACAACUGGCUAGUGUGAAAGACUCUAUAGAUGAUGAACUAUAUGAUAAGCUAAAUUCUGCUUAUCCUUCUGAAGACGAGGAUAGUGAGGAGGAAGGAGAUGAGGCAUACAUAGAUGUAUACGACAGUGAUAACGAUGUUGUCAAUCGUAGUGACGGUUCAGACGAUACUCCACAUUCAGAAAGAGAGUUCCAGUAUGUUCAUCAAAAUGAAUCAGAAUGACUGUUUGUUUGAGUAAAUACUGUUUCUUGACACUAUGCAAAACAUGUGGUAGUUUGUACAACUGACAGAGAAGAAGCUACGAUGCAGCCCCAGGCUACGGAAGCAGCAUAACAUAAUUAAUUAAAACUCUAAACUUAGAGAAUUUGAUCAUUGGGCAGGUUGUUGAUACUUUAUAUGAUUGAUAACUUUUACCUCCAACAGGAAAUAGGCGGGGGGCGGAACGGCGGCUUCAUUUUGUAUCUCUGUACAUAUUUGUUAAGCAAAUACAACAUUGUAUACACUUUCCCAUUCUCAUUUUUGAUAAUAGGUAAUUAUGCUAGUAUUAGUAUCAUUAUACCUCCCCAGACCCCACUUGUGGGAUUACACUGAGUAUGUUGUUAUUAUUAUUAUACCGCUUGCAAAUCUAUUAACUUUGAGACAAUAAUUCUUAAUUUCUGAAAA